GAACCGGUGAAAUAUAUGCAAGCGUCUCUUCCUAACUCGAUCAAAACAACAUGUGACAAAUUUUUGAUAAACUAUGACAAUGGUUCUACGGAAAUACCACUACAAAAACUUUCGCAUGAAAAUUGGAUAGAGAAAGAAGAGGGGGAGAUCUGGAAAAACCCAGCCUUUAGUCCUAAAUUCGCUAAAACACAGAGUGAGGGAACAUACGUAACAGACAUUAUUGUUCCUGUUAUUCGAGCUACAUUAAAAGAUUUGCCAAUUGGAAAAUCUGCAUAUAUUAGCACGAUGGAACAUCAAAGCGUGGCUAGCAAAGACAGAAGAGGAGGGAAAGGAAAGCGCCCAGACAUUAU